CUUUGCUUAUCACCCAGAUGAAAACGUGCAUGUAGUUUUUGGUGUACUUAGCUGUUAUUAGAAGCUGUUAUUUCUCGCCCACAAUUAAAUACAUUCCAGAAUAUUCGGGACAGAAAUAUGUGAGGAAUUUAUUUUUCUUUAUCGCUUUCGUUGGAUUUUCACGCGACCCUCCUCGUUCGUUUGUAAAUUAAAAUGAAGUGACACAUGUUUUUAGCAUUCUCUUAGCUCAGCCAUUAGACAAUUUAUCUGAGCUCCUAUGAGUGACUUUCAGAUCGCCUUUUAAGUAUGUUCAACAUGUCACUUUACCUACUACACUGUAUGCUAAAUUUUGUCUUUAAAUCUGCGACUGAGUUCAUUUUUCGUGAUAAGAGAAACCGCCAGAAACGUGGCCGCUAUGAAAUCGCCAGAAGUGACAAAUUCAAAGCUGAUUACAGACUAGAUGAUGACAACGGAAUUGUAUUCAUCCCUCCAGUCUUCAUCCAGCGUUAUCAUGUUGCUUCUGAUGUUAUUCGGCAAGAGGUAGCCCUCAGUACCAAACCCUUGAAGGUGGUGGAUUUUGGCUGUGCAGAGAUCAGCUAUUUUGAACAUUUGAGAAGGAUCGAUGGUUUGGAGAAAGUCCUGUGUAUUGAUGUCGAUGAAGAAAUGCUGCAAAGAUAUCAUAGGAGAGCAAAGCCCUUGAACUACAAUCAUCUAUGUCCGCGUGAAGCUCCUUUUUCUGUAGAUAUACUUGCUGGUAGUAUCGCUGAAUGUGAUCCAAAUUUGUUGGACACGGAUGUUGUCAUCUGUAUUGAGUUGAUAGAGCAUCUGUGGCCUCAUGAGCUUAAUGCUGUUCCAUGGACUAUUUUUGGUUACACUCAACCGAAAGUUGCUGUCUUUACAACUCCAAAUGUUGAAUUUAAUGUUAUGUUUAAAGGUUUAAAAGGUUUUCGACAUGAUGAUCAUAAGUUUGAGUGGACACGGGAGGAAUUUGAAGACUGGGCCGAAAAUAUUGUCUUGAGAUUUCCAAAUUAUGAAGUGCGCUUUAGCGGCAUAGGUCCUGGUCCUGUAGGAACGGAACAUCUAGGAUGUGUUUCCCAAAUGGCUGUUUUUACUCGAAAGGGAUCAGUUGAUGAAGAAGCUGUUUCUUCCAUU